AUGGCGGCUUCUUCUUCUUCCUUGCCUCUUCUCUUCUCUCUUCUCUCUCUUUUCUUCCUCAAUUUCUCACUCGCUGACAAUACCACGGCGGUUGUUAUAACAAACCCAGUUGCUCCGCCACCACUUCCGCCGCCUUCUCCACCGCAGCGGCAUAACAUCACUUCCUCAUUCAUGCCCGGAAUCGCUGUCGUCAUCGCCGUCCUAACCGCAGUUUUCUCCCUCACCUUCUUGCUCCUCCUCUACGUCAAACACUGCAAACGAAGAAACGGCAGCGUUUACGACAACCAUCCGCAGCGUUUCGCAAUCUCCAGAUACGGAGGAGGAUAUAACGGUGGUGGAGGAGGUAGGAAAAAUUCCGGUAUAGACCGGUCCGUCAUCGAAUCUCUACCGGUUUUCCGGUUCGGUGCAUUGAGCGGUCACAAGGAAGGGCUCGAAUGCGCCGUGUGUCUCGCUCGGUUCGAACCGACUGAAGUUUUGAGGCUAUUGCCCAAAUGCAAACACGCCUUCCACGUGGAGUGUGUUGACACGUGGCUCGACGCUCACUCCACCUGCCCGCUUUGCCGUUACCAGGUCGACCCGGAAGACAUUCUCUUGAUCGGCGAUUGUAACUCCUGGUUCGAGCUCCGUUUUUCUAAAAGCCAGGUGGAAUCGAACAGUAACACUCCUCCCGGAGCGUCCCGUUUUGUCCCGGUGAGUCGGAUCUCGGGUCGGCAUUCGUCGGCUGGGGAACGAGCGAGUCGACUCCACGAGAUUAUAACGGCUUCUACCUCUAAACCGAAUCCGAUUUCGUUUCGAAGAUCGCUUGAUAGCUCAUUGAGGACUAACGACGGCGAGGAGAAAACGGAAUCUGUUGCCGUCGGAUGCUUAGACCGUCCACAGAGAAAAGACGGAUUGUUAUUAAUUCCGAAUCGAGAAAGCUUGGAAGGGAGAUUCGAACACCGGAUAAUAAUCUCCGGCGGGAAUAAGGACCAGAGAUGGAGCGAAGUGAGGCCAUCCGAUCUUCUUUUCUUACGAUCGGAGAUGAUACUCAGUGAUUGCCGGAAACUAGCAGCCGUGGAGGAUGGCAGAGACGUAAUAAACGGGAGAAGCGUGUCGGAGUUAACGAGCAUUGAGAGACGGAGGAGAUGGGGAGGAGAGCCGAGACAACGACAAGCCACGGCGGUGAUUUCGAGAUGGCUCGCUUGGUCCCACCGUGCCUCCGCGUCCAGCAUUGUUUAA